CCGACUACCCCGCUCGGCUCCGUCCCAAACAGCUUUCAAAACGUUAUGUCAAGCUCAUCAUCGGGGGAAGCACUUUAUCGCAUUUUGCUGUGAUUAUUUGCGUGGGAAGAAACAUAUUGGCACUGUUUGAUGGGAUAAUUAGGAGUAACGUCAAAGAACGCUAAAAGAGGUUACAGACACAGAAAACAAUCACAAAGGAAAUGGAUGAAGGAAAAUACCAAACCCCCAGCUUGUUUCUUCCCAAAAUGCUCAGGAAGCCUGAAGACAGCCAAGCCAAAGACGAGGGAUGGAAUAUAGAAAGCCAGAUCAAGCUUUCCCUGGGUAUCACAGCCUGCACAGUCCACUUGGGGUGUCAGAUGACAUUGUCUGCUACUAUCCCGAGCAGCUGCCAUAUGUAGGAAACCAUGAGCUUCUCCCACUGACAGCCCAUCACUUCCCCAGAGCUGAGAGGGAAUCAGGUGAGGAGGCCCAUUUCGGUGUCUACCCAGCCCCGCCCCCCCUGUACCCCGCUGGCAGUGAGAUGCGGGGCUCUGAGGACUCUGUAUCGGGCACGGUGCUGCAGCGGCUGAUGCAGGAGCACCUGAGGUACGGGGGCCACCAGGGCGACGCCGCGGGCCAGCUGCCUGCUUCGCCUCCGCCCCCCCAGCAGCAGCAGGCCAGCACGGGGCCGAGCGCCCCGUCCUCCACCGAGAACCUCCUGCAGGACGACCCGCAGGUGGUGCACCAGUCCGCCCGGCAGGAGCCGCAGGGCCAGGAGCACCAGGUGGACAGCACCGCCAUGGAGAAGCAGGGCACCCGCGCCCAGCAGCAGCAGCAAGCCGAGGAGCUGCCCACCUACGAGGAGGCCAAGGCCCAGUCGCAGCUCUUCAGGGGCCAUCAGCAGGCGGCCGCCGUGAGCACGGCGUACUACGCGCCAGGAGGAGCCCCCGUCACCUCCGCCGCCACCGUCAGCUCCGCGUCCUCUUCCUCGUCCUCCUCUUCAUCCUCCUCCUCCUCCUCCUCCUCCUCGGUUGCUCUGAAAGCCCGGACUGAGGGCAGGGCGAGCGUGAACCGCUCGGGCGGGGGGCAGCCGCACAAGGACGAGGCGCUGAAGGAGCUCAAGCAGGGUCACGUCAGGUCCCUCAGCGAGCGGAUCAUGCAGAUGUCCCUGGAGCACAAUGGGGCCAAACAGUACCCACCAGGGUCCGGGAGCAGCAGCCUGCCCUCCCAGGGCUCCGCUGCCAAAGCCCUGAAGGGCGGGGUGCCCCCACCUCCACCCCUGCCAUUGCUGUCCCAGGCUCAGGGGAAAGGAGGGGACCCCCGAGGGCCUCCGCCCGAUUACCCCUUCAAGGCUAAGCAGACCCUCUCCCCCAUGGGGAAGACUCCACCGGCCUCCUCUCCCAUAGAACAUGGACACUUCUUCAGUGACCAGCACCCAGGGCCAAUGGUAGACCUGCCAAAAGGAUACCCCAUGCCUCAGCCAACAAAGACAGAGAUCACCUAUGUGAGAUACCCACCACCACCAGAGUACUACACCAGGCAGUUCCCCGUGUCCCUGGGGGGUCUGUCCCUGCAGCAGCACAGUCCCAUGGCUUCACAGGCCUCUACCCUGUCGGGGGGUCUGCAGCCCCUGCCUCAGCCCCCGCCCCUGCCCCUCUCCCACCUCCCCGCUCACCAGCACCCGGGAGCAGCCUUCGCCAUCGUGGCCCGGGCCCAGCAGAUGGUGGAGAUCCUGUCCGAGGAGAACAAGUCCCUGAGGCAGGAGAUGCAGGCGUACUGCGAGAAAGCGAACAAGAUACAGCGGUUUGAGGUGGAGAUCCAGAAGAUCUCAGAGGCAUAUGAGAGUCUGGUGAAGAACUCGUCCAAAAGAGAGUCCCUCGAUAAGGCCAUGAAACACAAGCUGGAAGGGGAGAUCCGACGCUUGCAUGACUUCAACCGCGAUCUGAGAGAUCGCCUGGAGACCGCCAACAGGCAGCUGGCCAGCCGGGACCUGGAGGACCAUGAGGACAGGCGGGCAACAGGACUCUAUUUGCCACAGAGCAGGGAAAGCAUUAAAGAGAGAGAGAAGUUGGAGAUGGAGGUAGCAGCCCUGCGCGUGGCAAAUGAGGACCAGCGACGGCAUGUGGAGAUCCUAGAGCAAGCCCUUAACAACGCUCAGGGUAAAGUGGUGAAGCUGGAGGAGGAGCUGCGGAGGAAGCAGGUGUACGUUGAGAAGGUGGAAAAGUUGCAGCAGGCCCUAUCACAGCUGCAGGCCGCGUGUGAGAAGCGGGAGCAGCUGGAGAAGAGGCUACGUACACGGCUGGAGAGAGAGCUGGAGUCCUUACGCUCCCAGCAGCGUCAGGGGGGAGGAGCCCAGGGAGCCCCGCCCUCGGAGUACAACGCCCCCGCCCUGAUGGAGCUGCUUGGGGAGAAGGAGGAAAGAAUCCUGGCCCUGGAGGCUGACAUGACCAAGUGGGAGCAGAAGUAUCUGGAGGAGAGUGCCAUGAGGCACUUCGCCAUGGAUGCUGCUGCCACUGCCGCCGCUCAGAGGGACACCACCAUAAUAAACCAUUCCCGUAAUGGCAGUUACAGCGACAGCUCCCUGGAGGCGCGCAUCUGGCAAGAGGAGGAGGAGAUCCUGCAAGCCAACCGCCGCUGCCAGGACAUGGAGCACAGGAUAAAGAACCUGCACGCUCAGAUCAUCGAGAAGGACGCGAUGAUCAAGGUGCUGCAGCAGCGCUCCAGGAAGGAGCCCGGGAAGUCUGACACUGUGCCUCUGCGGCCCGCCCGCUCCGUGCCCUCCAUCUCCGUAGCAACAGGGCUACACUUGCGCCAGGCCUCCCAGACCAGCAGCCAGAUCCCCGAGGGGAGGAGGGAGGAGAGAGGCUGGAAGGGCAGCACUAGUGUGCUGCUGGGCAAAGAGCCCAUGGAGCACCUCUUGCCUUCCCUCCAACUGAUCCCUGCCCCUGCUUCCCUGCCCUCCACCCCUCUGCUCUCCACCCACGUGAAGACGGGGAGCAAGGACAGCAGCACUCAGACGGAGAAGAGCCCUGAGCUGCUCAGGGCCACGGCCAUCGCUGGCAGGACCAGGCUGGGCAACACGCCCGGCGGCAGCCCCAUCCUGUGCCACGCCCUGGCCAGGGGGGCGGGAGAGAAGACAGAGAUUGCCCUUGGCAAAGUGAUGGACAGCAGGCGUCCCGGGAGCUCUGGCCACACACACGAGCUCCCCGAUGCUGACUUGGUGGAGAUCCUCAUCUGAGCCGGGCCUGCCCUGAUGGAGGAAGGAUAUUGCUGUCGGUUUUGAUCAGAUUUGGCCUGCGGUGUCCAGCAGAGAGACAGAAAAAGAGAGAGAGACUUAUAGAAGCAGUCAGUGGAAAGGGACCAGAUGAGGAAGUGGAAAUGUGAGGAUGCCGUAGAAGAUUUGGACUGUUUUUUCUUGAAAGAAGGAAGAAAAAGCUAGGAGGUCAUUUUGGAAAUUCACAGUUGUUGAAAUUUAAAUGGAAGAAGCUCCUGGAAGCAACAAAGGAAUGAGAAGUGGUGAGAGGUGACUGAGGGAGAAAGGCUGGGUGGAGAUAAAUGUCUGUGGGACAUGGAGAGAAAAUUGGUGGUUCAUUUGACAGUUUUCAUUUGGUUCUGUAACCUUGCAGUCUUAAAAAAUUGACACAUUUUAACAAGUAUGGCAUUCUAUGUGUGCUUAGUGCUUAGUGCCUUUAUGUUUCUAGAAAAUACUGAGUGAAUUUGGCUGUUUUCAUCAGUUCUAAAAUGGAAUGACAAUGCAAGAGAAAUAUGCCUGAAAAGAGCAAAAAGAACAUGAAUUUCGCCACAGUGCACACUAUCCCAACGGAGUAUAGUUUUAUAUAUUUAUUUUUUUUUGAGAGAAAAAAACUCCCAUAAGGCAAGCAGCAUCUCUGUGUGUAUAUUAUUUCAGCUGUGAGUUUUGUAAGGGACGCAACCUGCUGAUGUGUGUGGCUGGCAUUCCACAAGGACAUUGGCCUUGGGCUUACAGCUGGGGGCUGUAUUUUGAGUGUAGAAACACUGGUAGAGCUGUGAUAGAGUGAGAAAUAGCAGCUGGGCACAGCUUGGCUUGGUGAACGUAAGGACAAACGUAAGUGUAGGGGGAGGAAUCAAAAGACAACAUUAGUGUUUUCUUUGAGACACUGAAAAGUAUAUAUUCUAAAUGCAUAAUUAGUUACACAAAGUGUACAGCUACACUUCUACACUUACACAAAUGUGCAAGUAAACACAAAGAUGUAAAAUAAAAUACAACAAAUUGACAAUAUAGAAAUUGCAUUAGAAUAAAAUAAACUCAUCAGUUCCAAUUAACAUAACCCGCACCCCCCAAAAAGAUAUUGUUGAUGUUAAACUCCCUUUGUUUAUCUAAACCUAUGUUUACAACAGAAAGUGAGAAAAUGAACAGUGAAGGAGUCUGAAAUAAUGUGUAAUAUGUUUGUGGAUCAUCGGAAAAGAUGCAUUACACUAAAAACAUCCUCACUGAGCAUUUGAGAGCAGCAUUUGAGAGAAGAAUGUUUAAACCUGGAAAAGAUUUAGAACAGUUCUCAGUUUUUGAUUUUCUCUUUUUUUGAAUGAUAUAUAGUAGCUUGUAAAUGUACAUCACACUGCAAGUGGACUCAGUUCUGUCCUCUUAUAUGAUAAACUCUACUCUAGAUUGCUAUCUUAGAUUAAUUUUAUUAAAAUCAAAAACUUGAUAUUUGUCAGGAUUCAUCUGCAUUUUAGGUUUUCUGUACAUUCACUUUCACUUUUCAUUUCAUUUUAAACAGUUCAUAAUAAUAAUAAUAAUAAUAAUAAUAAUAACAAUAAAAUAUUAUUAAGCUCUCAGGGUGCAUACCAGGAUAAAAACCUUUGCAGGAACGUGCCAUCAGAUGAGUAUUUUCCUGCAAGCAGACAAUUUUAUACCAUUGCAUGUUAUAAUGGGUAACACUUAUAACAGGAAUAUUUGAAUUGGAUGUUUUUUUGCUCCGAUGAAAAACAGUCAUCUUGCAAAAUAUUUACUGUCAGUGGUUGUGUUAAUGCAGGUUUCUCUGUUUUUGUAUGGAAAAAAUUUGAUAAAAUGCAGGGAAAAAUACAGGGUUCUAACAACAAUAAUUACUCCUGUUUUUUUGAACCAAUCUUGUUUCGGUGUCUGACAUUUGUGUUUUUUGAGCAUAAAAUGUAUGUUGCCACACUGGUAACAUUGGGAGACACAAGAGAAACUAAACAUGAGUAAAUUACAACAGAAAUCGCUUCAAGGGUUUUUUUAGUAUUAUUAGCCUGCAUGGCAAAAACUUGUUUUGAUCAGAAUGCCAAAAUAUUAUUUGUAGCGUAUCACUUCGUUCUAAUCCUGCUCUUUCAAUCCUGCUUCUGUUUCAAGUACAAAAUGCUAUAAUGAACGACAUACAUUUAACAUGUUAUUUUAUGAGUUGGCAUUAUUACAAUGCAAGUGAAUUAGAAAACACUACAUUUUUAAAUGUCCUGCAUUCAAAAAGCACGACCACUGACUGUUUAUGCCAUUUACUGCCUUUUUUGUGUUGAAGCCUUUUUAGUUCAUUCCAAAAUAUUGUGAAUGGUAUUGUAGUAAAUAUUCAAGUUGUUUCUGAUUAGAUGUUUGUACAAACCUGUACAGGAAGGCGAUAUUUGUACAUAAAUAAUAUUGUGUAAUCUUGUGUAGCAAAUGUUGGUUUGGUCAACCAAAGAGAUUCCUACUUGCCUUAAAAUGUGUACUGUACAGAUUAAAUUGCAAA